AACUACAACAAAACCCCCUCCGUUAGCUCAUGGAAAAAACACACAGCCCUCAAGAUUUCCCGGAAGCCCUUUGAGGCAAAGUAUUAGCAUUUAUUAACAGAGCGAGGAGCCACACUCGGCCUAAAGGCAGCCAGUGAAGCCGAGUUACUCGAAAAAUUACACCCAAGUGUCGGUGUUUGUAUUUUAUGAAGGUAAACAUAUAAACAUUUUUUGUAGCCCGUUAGCAAAGCGACUUCCUCUUGUGUCUAUGAGGAGCAGAUGCCACUUAAAGCGGAUUAUAACGCCACUUAAAACGCGUUUACAAGAUCUUGCCAAACUCUGUUAUUGGUUCUUAUUUCAGUUUGACAGCUUGGAAGCUGAUUAUGGUAAUUGAUACCAACUGGUGAGAAGCAUGGAGCUGUACUGGUACAUAGUCGUCAUAAUAUUUAUUAUGAUUAAGAUCUUCUUCUACAUCUGCUGGUAUCGCUCAAGGCAAAGACAGCUGGCUGCGUACCUCAGCAAUCCCCGAAAUGCUCAGAUCGUCAUUGUUGGAGGACGAGCGUACCUGCACCAGGUCUGCGAGAGACAAAAUACAUCAAUCUGGCCUAGUUGGUACGGAGUUCAGGAUGACGGCUCGGUGGGCGAACCCUCCGCCUCUCUUCCACCAUCAUCCUCGCUUUCUAAUCUGGACAUGCCUCCUCCAUAUGAGGCCGUGUCUGGAGCAAAUGACCUGAAGCCUCCACCAUACAGUGAGUACGCUCAAAAUGACGACACUGACGCAUCCCUGAGCAUCACCAUCCCAGACGGCAAUGAUUCCAGUGGAAUUAGUGAUGCCCCGCCCCCUUACACGGCCAGCAUCACCUCUCCAGCCAAUCAGCAAGUAGAUAGCCACAGUCAAUCACAGCCAGAGGGAAGCUCAAGUUAGACUCCUCUCAUUAUAGAAACACAACAAGGGCUAAGCAACCGCUUUAGCCACUCUAGGUCUUGUUUUUCCAUCUGGACUUAUUUUCUUCUCAAGCAAAUUAUACAAAGAAAAAAGAUUUCACAUUGGCGGUGGAUCUUGCUCAUUCUUUUGACAUGAGAGAAUUUGGAAAGUGCACAGUAUGCAGUAUAAAGAAUGAGACUGGCCUGAUGCCAUCUCCUGGCAGAGUGGAGCACUGCUCUGCCCACGCUGGUGUACCGGUGCUUUCAGUUCACCCAUGCCUUAUGCUUAUUUCCUCCAUCAACACCACAGCGCAUAGCCAUACGACAGACGCACCCAUUUCAAUAUUUUAAAUGGUCACUUUCACCUUCACUAAUGCCAUGAACACGUGUGGCUGCUUGAGGAACUAGGCUAGUGGGUUGAUUGGUGCCAAGCGGCAAGCACGUUUCUCUUAGACAAUGUUGUCGACACAUUUCUUGCUUAUUUUUUUCUCUAGAGUCCGUAAAAUGGGAUAUUUCAUAUAAAAAUGAAAGAAAAGGUUCAGCCAAAAAUAAAAAUGUACUCACCCUCAGGCCAUCCGAGAUGUAGAUGAGUUUGUUUCUUUAGCAGAGCAGAUUUGGAGGAAUUUAGGAAUGUACUUCACUUGCUCACCAGUGGAUCCUCUGUAGUGAAUGGGUGCCGUCAGAAUAAGAGUGCAAACAGCUGUUAAAAACAUCAUCAUGUACAAGCAUUUCUCACAAGUCCAGUCUAUCAAUGUCUUGUAAAUUGAAGAGCUGCAUGUUUGAAAUCCAUCAAGAAGUUUUUAACCUCAAACCAUUGCGCCCGAUGAAAAUGCAAGUCCUCUAUCCAUAAUAUUGUUUUCUCCAGUAAAAAAUUUGUCUUGUCUGAAUCAGGAGAGAAAUAUGCACAAAUCAAGCGGCAUUUACAUACAAAAGCAGUUUAAAUAAAUAUUGUAAUGUUUUUAUCAGCUUUUAUCAGACUUUAAUUCUGACGGCACCCAUUCACUGCAGAGGAACCAUUGGUGAGCAAGUGAUAUAAUGCUAAAUUUCUCUAAAUCUGUUCCGAUGGAGAAACAAACUCCACAUUUUGGAUGUCCCGAGGGUGAAUAAGUUUUCAGCAAAUUUUCAUUUUUAGGUGAACUAUUCUUUUAAUAUUCUGUCAUCAUUUACUCACCCUCAUGUCAUUUGUCAAGCGGUAAUGUUUGGUUACCAACAUUCUUUAAAAUAUCUUUUUAUGUUACAGAGCAGAAGGUAAGUCAUACAGCCUGUCUUUUGGAUUGACAUGAGAGUGUGUAAAUGACAGAAUUUAGAUUCUUGGCUGAACUGUCUCUUUAAAGUAUAGAGGUCUAGCCUCAGGUUUAUUUAUAAACUCAGUUUGUAUGUGAUGACAGUUAAAAAAAGAAAACCAUUUGCCCUGAAGCACUUUUAAUGUGUUGUAAUUGCCUUAAUUCCAUCUGUUGGUAAGUGUCCAAUAUUCCCGAAUCAACCAGAGCCGGUGUGAAUAGUGUGGCUAAUGGUUAUGACUCGUGUAAAUGUGCACAGUCCUGCUCUGUGUUGUAUCUCUUAUCAGGUUAACUGUAAUACACUGAUGCAUUUGA